AUGUUAUACUUGUCGGCUGCCCACUCAUUGUGGGCGGAGUCUCUGUACGAGUAUCAGUGUGUGGAUGUGUCCAGUGAUAUGGGGAACCUUGCUAGAGUGCUGAGGGUGGGUGGGGAAAUCCCCCUACAGGAACCACACCCACCUACACCUGAGGAUAUACCAGGAGUACAUUUCAGACAAUACCUUCCUCUCUCAAACAAGGUGGGGUACGAUAUAGUGGUAGGGCUAGGGGGUCAUUCACUGGGGGAGGUCCAUUCCCUUAAACUGAGGAGAAUGUUUCUGGCUUCUUUGUGGAGAAAGACACGGAAAUAUCUGGUGUUGGUGGAGCCUGGUAACUGGACGGGGUUCAAGGUCAUCAGUGAGGCUAGGGAUAUGAUUCUACAGGCUGCUGGGAAGUGGACACGUUACGAGGAUGAGAGCAGUGAAGAGUUGGAAGGUCAUGUCUUUGCACCGUGUCCUCAUGAAUCAGAGUGUCCACUGAUACUGAACUCAAAGCUUCCCUGUCGCUUUGGACAGAGGGUACAGUUAGCACUGUCAGAGAGAAAUGGACCAUUGAAACACAAAGGAUAUCAUUUAGAGAACUUCUCGUAUGUAGUGCUCAAGAAAGGACCUAGGAAUCACGAUGAAGGUGUGGAUGGCCGGAUCCUUCAGCCGACCAAGAAGAGAACUAAGCACAUCCUCUGCAAACUGUGUACCAGACAAGGAGAGGUGAAAGAUGUGAUUCUGACAAAGUCCAAGCACAGAGACGUGUACAGAGAAUGCAGAGAGAGCAAAUGGGGGGACACUUUGACUGGUCUUAGCUAGCAUUUGUUGUAUUGGUUUUAUAAUGUUCAAUCACUCAUUUACCAAACAAAUUUUUACAAUAAUCAAGUUUACAAGUCCAUUGUUCAUAUAUC